AUGGGAAAGUCUAAGAAUUUAUCGCCAGCUGUGGAACAAAUUGUCGUAGACAGUUACAGACAAACGGGAAAUUAUUCUGAAACUGCUAGGAGUUUUGGCAUACUUGCGCAUGUACGCUUUUAUUGGACACUAUCAAAGUUAAGGGAAGAAUUGACGAAUAAGAACAUCGCAUUCAGUAAAAACGACAAGAAAAGCAUUCUUGUGAAAAAAAUUCAAAGAAUUACAGUCGGGUUCGAGUCCAAAAGCAAUCCUCUUACCGGGGGAAGGAUCCCGUAUACAGGAAACAACGGCAUUGGUGUCCCUGCUGCUGCUGGGAGGGAAGAACAGCUGGAAGCUCAAAGACGUCAAGAGGUCGGUGUAGGGACACAUGCAUCAUUAAUAACUGGCAGCACCGAAGAAUUUACAUUAGCAACGGCCAUGAGGAAUGAUCAGCCAGCGUUAGGUACGUUGUCUACUAUUACCAAAACGAAAUUUGGCUAUGCUUCUGAAUCUUUGCCGUUUGUUGAAACUGUUUCCCCGGUCAUGAGAAAAGCCAUCAUAGAUGGUAAAGACAUUAACUUGUCACAACUCCUGUUACCCACCAAUAAUGCCAUAACAAUCAAAGAUAAGGAGGAUAAGUUAGAAAAAGACACAUCUGUGGGAGUUCUAACUAUUCAGCAGCUUUUUGUCCAAUGGCCAAAGGUAAAUCUACUUCAUCCAGUGGACAGAGAAAAACCCGCGAUACCUUGGAUUCGCAUGGCCGCCAACGGAUCGCAUUCCAGGAUAGGGAAGUUUGCAACAACUUUAAUUCUAGCAACGGAUGUGCGAAUACCAGAUGUUGCAACGCUCAUAGAUCCAGAGACAGUAGACCUCAUUGUCCAGGAGGAACUGCAGAAAGGCUAUUUAUUAGGACCCUUUACAAAAGUCCCGUUUGCGGUCUUUAGAAUAAAUCCUAUAGGUAUAGUGGAAGGAAAAUAUUCUAAGAAAAAGAGACUUAUCGUGGAUCUCUCAGCACCUCAUAAUAAUGAUGGCCAUCAAAAUGAACCGUUUCAGAAGUUUGGCUCCUCAAGCGGAUGUCCUUCCAAAGCCAUGCCCAGACUAUUCGAGGCUAAUAUUAGUUUAAAGGAGCAAGCAGACAAACUUUUUGAUGCCUCAAUAGAACAAUCAACCGCGAAUAUGUACCGAACAGGAUUAGACUGUUUCCUGACAUUUUUAGUGAUGUCCCGUUUGUGUGUAGCCUUCAGUAAACUUCCGAAUAUUACUGAAGAGAUGUUGGUGUACUUUGUUACUCAUUGCCAGUCAAGACUUCAGUUUAGAUACCGAACUAUCAAAACUUAUUUGGCAGGUAUUAGAUUUUUCUAUUUAAAAAAUGGGCAUACUCUGAUGUUUAAGAAUUUUGAGAGACUACAUACUGUUUUGAAGAGCAUUAAAAAACAACGAUGUAACAACAAGAGAAAGUUACGACAACCUAUUACUUAUUUCAUUCUGUCAAAGAUUUGUUUGAAUCUAAGUAGGGGUGUUUUUUCACCCUUUUUUGAUUCGAUGUUCAAGUGUAUUUGCCAGAUGGCCUACUUUGGUUUCAUGAGAUGUGGCGAAUUUAUUGUUAGGAAAAGGUCACAAGUCACUUAUAUUAGUUUGCAUGAUAUGAAUUUUUCAGACGAUGGGACAUUUUAUACUGUUAUUUUGAAAACCUCAAAAACAGAUCCAUUUAGACAAGGAGUAGAUAUUAAGAUUUUUGAAAAUAAGUUUUUGGAACCAGUAAAAAAUAUGAAACUAUAUUAUGACAUGAGAAUGUCAACAUGUACUGCCAAUCACUCAGCUUUAUUUAUAGAUAACGAAGGACAUCCAUUGUCUAGAGAUGUCUUCUUGAGUCAUUUCAAAGCAAGGUUUCUGUCACAAAUAGGCUUAGAUGAUACAAGAUAUUCAGGUCAUUCUUUUAGGAUAGGAGCUGCCACAUCUGUAGCAAAAGUAGGAAUUCCAGAACAUUUAAUACAAUCUCUAGGUCGGUGGAGUUCAGACUGUUACAUGAGAUACAUACGAAUAGAUGUGGAGGUGCUAAAGCAAGCACAAAACAAAAUGUGUAACCUUUGUUGAUUGCAUUUAGUAUUCUAGAUUGACCUACAUAAAUGUUGGUGCAUGUAUAUUCAUUUUAAAUCCAAUGGUUAGUCCUUUCUUUAUCUUCUUGGGGGCACUCACUCACUUGCUUCCUCAAGUUCGUUUGUUUUUGGCCCGUUUUCCCCAAUUCAGAUAAAGUUAAGUAUUAGGUUAGUUCUAAGGGUCACCUCAACGGUGUCAACCUUAGGCAACAUGCUAGUACUAUGACAUCAAUUAGCUCUAGUACAACCCGAUCGUGUCAACCCGGGUACUAGUACGAGUGUAUUGAGUAUUUACCCGAUGGUGUCAACCCGGGUACCAAUAGUCAGUAUUUACCCGAUGGUGUCAACCCGGGUACCAAUAGUCAUUAUCUACCCGACGGUGUCAACCCGGGUACCAAUAGUUAGUAUUCUACCCAACGGUGUCAACCCGGGUACCAAUAGUUAGUAUUUACCCAAUGGUGUCAAGCCGAGUUCUGAUGGGUUCCCCGAAGAGGUCAAACCGGAUACUAGAUAGGUUAGCUCAAUGAUGUCAACCCGGGUUCAGUAGGGAUUUCCCGAGUGUCACCCAGGAAAUUCAGCUUUGGGGUUUACAGAUUAUUUUAUCGGUGUGACGUGAGUAGCCCCCGAGAAGGCCAAAUAUGUAGUUAUGUUAGAUAUGUUUGUUAUUCUAUUGUACACUAGGUGGU